CGUACAAAGCAAAAGAAGCAACCAACCCCCUCUCCAAGAAAAACCUCAAAAUCCUUCUUUUCAAGUCUAGAAUAUUACGCUCCUUCCCCGUAUCUUCUCAUCCUUCCCUGGAAGAACAACUCCUUUCACUUUCCAUCAUGGUUCUCGAGGCGACGAUGAUUUGUAUCGAUAAUUCCGAGUGGAUGCGGAAUGGGGAUUAUGCUCCGUCGAGAUUCCAGGCUCAAGCCGACGCUGUUAAUUUCAUUUCUGGAGCUAAAACCCAGUCAAAUCCAGAAAAUACGGUCGGAAUUCUAACGAUGGCCGGGAAGGGGGUUCGUGUUUUGGUUACACCAACCAGUGAUCUUGGAAAGAUCCUAGCGUGCAUGCAUGGUCUAGAAAUAGGUGGGGAGGCGAACCUUGCAGCUGCGAUCCAGGUGGCCCAGCUAGCUCUUAAGCACCGGCAAAACAAAAAACAGCAGCAAAGGAUUAUUGUCUUUGUGGGGAGCAGCCCUGUCAAACACGACAAAAAACAACUAGAGGUGAUUGGAAGAAAAUUGAAGAAGAAUAGUGUUGCCCUUGAUAUUGUUAACUUUGGUGAAGAUGAUGAAGGAAAGACGGAAAAGCUUGAGGCACUUCGUGCUGCCGUUGAUAAUAAUGAUACUAGCCACAUUGUACAUAUUCCUCCUGGUUCCGAUGCUCUCUCGGAUGUGCUCAUCAGCACGCCAAUCUUCACUGGGGAUGAGGGCGGGAGUGGUUUUGCAGCUGCUGCUGCUGCAGCAGCAGCUGGAGGUGUAUCUGGGUUUGAGUUCGGUGUGGAUCCAAACCUUGACCCUGAACUUGCCCUUGCGCUGAGAGUUUCGAUGGAGGAGGAGAGAGCUAGGCAAGAAGCAGCUGCUAAGAAGGCCGCCGAGGAGGCUGGUAAGCAGGAACAAUCAAGCUCACAGGAUGCAACUAUGACCGAUUCCACUUCUCAAGCUAGCACUAAGAAAACUGAUUUAACGGACGAAGAAAACGCUGUGCUGCAACAGGCCCUUCAAAUGUCCAUGGAUGAGCAUCCUUCUGGUCACGACGCACAAGACACAGAUAUGUCUGAUGUUGCUAUAGAUGAUCCCGAGUUAGCACUAGCUCUGCAGUUGUCAGUGCAAGAUAGUGCAAAAGAUUCAUCAGGCCAGUCGUCCGAUAUGGGCAAACUACUGGCAGAUCAGUCAUUUGUGUCCUCCAUCCUUGCAUCGCUUCCUGGGGUUGAUCCAAACGACCCUUCUGUAAAGGAUUUGCUGGCCUCAAUGCAAAACCAGCAGUCAGAGAAGCAAGACAAGGGGGAGGAAAAGGGACCAAAGGAGGAGAAAAAAUGAAAACACUGAUGUCGCCAUUGCAGGUCUGGGAGCUCUGUUGCAUUUGCUUUAUGUGUAUGUGUAUCGUGUUGCUCUCUCUUCCAAUCUAAAUCUCUAGGGGUAUAAAUGACAUUAUGUUGUGUGAGCAGUUUGACAUUUUUAUUUUUAUUAAACCUUAAAGCUGGUUUGAAUCUGAUUAUGAAAACCUUAAGAAUAUCUCCGAAAUCAGACAUACGAAUUAUA